AUGGGGAUCUGCUCGAGCAAGAUGUCCGCGGAGGAUAAGGAGGCGUUGAGAAAGACGAAGGAAGUGGAAGCCGCGAACGCAGCGGCCUUCCAGAAGGAGCAGGAGAAGAUAAAGCUGCUGCUGUUGGGAGCGGGAGAGUCAGGCAAAUCCACCAUCUUCAAGCAGAUGAAGAUCCUUUUCGGGGUUGUCUCCGCGGAAGAGAAGAAGCAGAUGACGCCUGUGGUGUACAGCAAUACAAUCAUGAGCAUGAAGAUUCUCGUGGAGCAGGCGACUCUCCUUGGCGAAGAGGAAAACGUGGCAUGCCCGGAGUCGUUCAAGCUGGUGGUGGACUGCGAAGACAGUGCCGCGAUCGACAUGGAGCUAGGGCAAGCCAUCCAGGACGUGUGGUCUGACCCCGCCAUGUUGAGGGUGUGGGAGCGGAGAGCCGAGUACCAGAUCGUGGAAUCGGUCAAGUAUUUCUUCAACGAGAUGGAGCGGAUCAAACAGGACGACUUUGUCGCCACCCAGCAGGACGUCCUCUACUCUCGCGUGCGCACCUCCGGCAUCGUAACAGAGCGGUACGAGAUCGACGGGUCGACGUUCGAGAUGUACGACGUCGGGGGCCAGCGUAACGAGCGCAAGAAGUGGAUCCACUGUUUCGACAAUGUGACCGCCGUCAUCUUCGUGGCGGCACUGUCGGAGUACGACCAGUGCCUGUUCGAGGACGCCUCGACCAACCGGAUGACCGAGGCGAUGGACCUCUUCAACGAGAUUUGCAACAACCGCUUCUUCAGCGAGUCCUCCAUGAUCCUCUUCCUCAACAAGAAGGAUCUCUUCGCAGAAAAGAUACAGCGGGUGGACAUCAAGAGUGUCGAGAAGUGGGCGGACUUCACGGGGGAGCCUAGAGACGAAGAAGCAGGGAAGGCCUACUUCCUUUCGCUGUUCCUCAAGGUGAACCAAAAUCCAGAGAGAGAAGUCUAUCACCACGUGACCUGCGCCACCGACACAGAGAACGUGAACUUCGUCUUCAACUCGUGCAAGGACGUUAUCCUGCGGAGCAAUCUGAAGGACUCGGGCUUUGUUUAGGAGCAAGGCACGCGCGAGCUCACGCCACGCACGUGCGACAGACAAAAACGACGGCAACAAGCUCGUCGUCGUCGUAGUCGAAAAUUUCCGUGUUUUAAUUGUAGAUUCUGAAAAAUACCGUACCGUUCGUACCGUUCCACGGAUCGGCCUGCUUCCGGUGGUGGUGGCGGAAACGUUUUCCCUGGCCCCGCCGCCGCCGCCGCCGCCGCCGCCGCCGCCACCAAUCAAUCAAUCUAUCUAAAUUCAACCAAGCCAGCCAUUGCGUAGUGGAGAGAACAAUAAUAGCACCCGCUCUCUUGUAAAUUCAUUUUCAUUUUCUUGUAUGAUGGGGCAUUAACACUAGGGUCCGUUGGCCUCGGCAUGGAACAUUUAAACAACUCCCCUUGCCGUUUGGGCGCAUGCGGGUGGUACCGGUUGUUCGGGGUGACGUCCGGCUGGGGUUGGGGGGAUGAGAAAUGACGCGUCGUUUUCGGUCUUUCGGGGUUGUUCUGAUUUGGACCCCGAUGGUAUGGCGGCGUCUAAUAGGCGAAGCCGCUGUUGAGGUGCGGUCCAUGCAACCUUGGACGGCCUCGCGUUCUUUUCGCCGAAAGGCAGAGAGAGGGCGAGAGAGGAAGAGCAAGAGAGAGCGAAGAUAGAGAGAGCGGCGUGGAGUCAUGGGGGGGGGGCUCGGCGCGGCAGGAGCGUAGCGGCGCAUUACGACAAAAGGGGGCUAUAGUAGGAGCUUUUCUUUGGUGAUGGGGUGGGGACCACCCAAGCCCUACAACGUUUCCACUCCCCCUUUUGUGACAUCUCACGCGUAACAUGGUGUGUUUGCGGGGGGGCCUGCGUGAAUUCCGGGGGGGGGGCCCGUGAAUUCCGGGGGGGGGGGCAAUGGUCAGGUGUGAGAUAGGUAGACGACGGCCCAAUCAAAAGGGAGGUGAUGGGUGUGGUAGCGUUGGGCCUCCUCCGCCUUGACCAACCCCUACGCGUUGUUGAGCGGAGAACUCGUGCUGGCAGCUGCCGCGGACUUGGAGGUGUUUUUUUUUUUUUCACUUGCGCCUCGUCGUGAGCGUUCACGUACUGCUGGGGGCGAGUGCUUUGGGACUGGCUGCGAUUGGUGUCUGUCUGCGUGUACAUAGCCCGGCUGCGCGUUCGCAAGCACGUAGUUAGCAUGCAUGCGUUGCGGCGGCGUUUAACCUAGCGGAGUUUGUUCGUGCUUUUUCCUGUCUCCCUUUGCCCGAAAAGAAACAAGAAACGCUCUUUUGUAGAGCAUGCAAACCAUGCAAUCGUACAUGCCAACGAAGGAGUUUUUUCAAGGGGAGUUUUUUGUUUUUGUU